GGUCUUCUGAGUUAUUUCGUUUUUCGUCUUCAGCGGCAUGGCGUCAUGUCUUUUAAAGGAACCAGACUCAGAAACAGAAAUGGCUAGACGCGAAGCUUCCAAGAAAUGUCCAGGGUUGUAUAGUUAUUUGCCAAAGGUAUCCCGCUGGGAACGAUAUCACGUAGAAAACGUUCUUCACAUUUACUAUGAAGAGAAUAGUAGCGAACUGUCGGAUGUUCUUGAGAAAAUCCCCAAAAUAAACAAUUUAAGCAGUCAGCAGAAGAGAUACAUCGAGAUUUUGAAAAACACAAAUUUUGGUCCUAAUAUCGGACUUAAAAGAACAGUUUACGAAAACUCAAAGACCAUAAAACUUCUCGAUGAAGCGUUGAAGGAGCUGAAGGCCAGCAUUCCUAUAAUCAACUCAAGUUUGACUUCUGAAAAUGGAUCACUUAUAUAUAUCCGAAUGAGGGAUUAUAUCACUGUACUUAGAUGGUUUGUAAAUACCAGUUACCAGACAUCAAAGACUUGUGCUGAAAGCCUUUUCAAGACCCCUUUUAUUUCUGAAGAAACAUACUCCAGAAUUGUAUCAGCAUUUGCAGCCAUGUGUGGAUUACGAGUUGAAAAUGGUACUGCAGAUAAUCAGGCUGUAUGGGAUAAUUUGAGAGGAAUUGGUAAAUUAGUUAUCUCAAAGCCAGACUUUAGAUUUCAUUGUACAGGAGAAGACUUUUCUGAUGUUGAUAGUAAUUUAUUAACUGUUAUAAAGGUAAAGAACAAAGGCCAGUAUACGGAACAAGAAAAACGGAAAAGGAAACAACAGGAGGAUUCAGAAAAGAGAGGAAAAAGGAGACGUUAUAAUGUCUCAUAUUCAUCUUCUACUUCCUCUACACCAACUGAGUCUGUUGAACAUAGGUGCUAUUCUGAGGCACUGAAACAAAACCCACUCCAAACUGAAAAAAAUAUUAGACCUUGGAUAGAGUUAGAUGUUGGGAAGCAUACCUUAGGACAGCAUGCUGGAGAACUCUUGCUAGAUCUGCACAACUACAUGAAACGACAUUCAGAUGUAAAAAAUGAAAAACCAUCAACACUAACUAUGCCUGGAAUGAUUAUUGAUAAAACAAUGGUGUACAUGACUCUUCUAGAAAUGUCCUAUCAGCAUUAUGAGAAACUUGCUGGGGCUGAACAGCUGACAAGUGAAGACAGAGCUACCAUAUAUUAUUCAGCACCUCAUAGUAUUUUUGACAAGGAGGAUAGUUUCGUUUUAUUCAAUACUAUGGUAUACCUGAAUAACAUACAGUCAAUUAUGAAAUGGGAUAAAUCAACAUAAUGUUGCUGUUGAUGGUGGCAGUAGGCCAGAAUUUCUUUUCACCUUUCCUACUUCCCCAGAAAAAAAUGGUCCUUCCCUUCAAAAAUAUUGAAAUUUCAUGUCAACAGCUAUUUUUAUGCCUCAACCACAUAUAUAUGUUCCUGCUGAUGAUUUUGAAAUCUUUAAUGGGCCUUCAGGGUAUAAGUCUAUUUGAUAUAUCAACAGAGAGAUCGAUUUAUUGAGUUUUUAAAUAUCAUACUUAUUAGAGCCCCACAUCUUGGAUGUUGUAGCCUGAUUGUUUUCACUUUUGUCUGUCUAUUUGUCCAUCUGUCGACAGAUUUUGUGAGCAUACAAUCUCCAAAACUAUAAAAAGAGUGAACUGAAAUUUUGUACAUUCAGUAAUUACCAUGUAAAGAUAUGCAUUAUAAGUUUUGGUCAAAAUAAAAAAAAUUUUUUCCCCAAAAAAUUUUUAUUUUAUGAAAUUCACAAAUUUUGAGUAUCAAUAUUGGUGUGCAAAAUUUACAAAUAUACAAAUGGGGAACUGAAAAUUUUGUACAUUUAUGAAUUACUUAUAAAAAUAUUUAUAUUAAAUUUUGGCAAAAUUGAAAAAAAAAUUAUGAAGUCUUUUUUAGGGCCCUGCCACAAAAUUUUUAUUUUCUGAAAAGAUGAAUCUAUUACCACAUUUAAAGCUUUUUGAUUCAUGUGUUAAACCUAUUUUAUUAUAUAGCAGUGAAGUUUGGGCUACUGUUAGUAUAGUGAAACAAAAUACUACAAUCGAGUCAAACUAUCCAAACUUUAGUCCGAAUAAGAUUCAAAUCAUAUUUGCUAAAUUUUUAUUGGGUGUAAAUAAAGGUGCUGUUAAUAAUGCCAUACUUUCUGAAUUAGGUUUGUUCCCACUUUCAUUGUCAGCCCUUAAAAAUACAAUUAAUUUCUGGCUUCAUAUCAUUAAUAUGAAUAGUGAGAGUAUGGUAAAGGAAGCAUACAAUGAAAACUUUAACUUGUCUAAUGAUUUUUGUAGUAAAAUAAAAGUGUUGUUAGGUAAACUUGGUUUUCAGCAUGUCUGGGAAAAUCAAAAUACUAUGUCAAAGACAAAAUUACUUUUUUCAUUUCAAAAGAAAUUAGAGGAGGAAUUCAUAAAAUCCUGGAAACAAGCUCUAUUUUGUGACUCUAAUAAAGAUAGUCAUGGUAAUAAACUAAGAACAUAUCGCAAAGUUAAAAAUAAUUUUGAAUUAGAAAAAUAUAUCCUUCUUGGACUGUAACAAAAGUGUUAUUUCUAAAAUGGUAAAAAUCAGAAUUAGUAAUAGCAAAUUACUAAUAGAAGUUGGUAGAUAUACUAGAACACAUUUAGAACAGAGAAUUUGUCCACUUUGAAAGGAUGGAAUUGCAGAUGAAUUCCAUUUCCUCAUUAAUUGUAAAGCGUUAGAAUUUAAUACAAAUAUACUCUUUUGUAAUUUAAGUGAUAUAGUUCCAUCUUUUGUUAAUAUGUCUGAACAAGAUAAAUUUAGUUUCAUUUUGAAAAGUAUUGAUACUGACAUUAGUACUGUAUGUGUAGCUGGAAUAAGCGAUAUGUUUGAUUCGAACAUUCAUUUAAAGCAAACACAAUGUUGUUAAGAACUGUUUUAGUAUUAAUGCUUAUUGUAAUAGCUUGAAUUAAUAAUAUAGUAUGAAUAACACCUCCAGGCAAUGUAGAUAUAAAAUAUGUGUCUCUUAUCAUUGAGAAAAUAUGUCUCUGUAUAUUUGUCUUUUGUUUAUUUUUGUCUAUUUUCCUAUUUGUAUUUUGUAAAAAAAGAGACCAAAUGACUCAGAAAUUAACAACUAUAGGUCACCGUACUGCCUUCAACAAUAAGCAAAGCCCAUAUUGCAUAGACGUUGCGCACGAUGUUGGUACAAUUUCCAUUUUGCUAUAGAUUAGCAUAAAAAUAAAUACGUAGACUAGUCAGUUCGAUAAAAAUAUAGUGAUUUCUGGUUGAAUUCAUUACAUUAGAUUUGAAAAUAAAGAAAAUAGGAACAGAAAUUUAAAAUGCCAAGAAUUAUAACACUUAAUUAUCCCAUAUAUAAAAAUAUUGGGAUCUUAGUUUUUUUUCAUAUUUGUUUUAUUUAAGGAACGUUCUGGUUGAAUUCAUUACUUUAGAUUUGAAAAUAAAGAAAAAAGGAACCGAAGUUUAAAAUACGAAGAAUUAUAACUCUUAAUUAUCCCAUAUAUAAAAAUAUCGGGAUCUUAGUUUUUUUUUUCAUAUUUGUUUUAUUUAAGGAACGUUGUCUAUCUGCAAGUUUUAAAUCUCAAAAGCAACAUGUAUAAUUUUUUUUUGUUUAUAAAAUAAAAUAGAAAUAAAACCAUUGCUGGCAAUUAUAAGAGCUUAUAACAAACAAAGGAUAAGCAUAAUGCCACAAAAAUACGGAAAUGAGAAAAACAUGAAUCCCAAAUGUAGAUAUUUGUAUUUUGCGACAAAGAAAGCAUCAGGAAAUGAUAAAAUAUAGAAAGGAAACCGAAACGGAAAGAAAUGCAACAAAAGGAGUAUGUAUAAAUAUGCAAAAAAACGGAAUAUUAAUUCAAAAUCUAAUUUAUAUUAAAAAUAAAUCUAUGUAAAUUUGGAAAUUAAUUUAUGAUUCAUUAAUGUAUAAUUCCUGCUACCAAAAGGAAAAUUAUCAAUUAAAGCCUGGAAAGACUGACAACUCCUGUAAAUGAAUUUUCAUUAAAAAAAUAUGUAUACGACCA